ACCCCGCGCGUCCGGAGGCGGCGGCCGCGGCUCCUCCCCGCCCAAUGGCGGCGGCGCUUGGAACGGUCGCGCGGCGGCGCAGCCACUGGGAUCGCGGCUGCCUCCGCUGGGCUGCCCGGGCGAGGAGCGCGGAGCGCUGCGCGGGGUCUUUGCGCUGCGCGGGGUCCUUCCGCCGGGAUCGGCGAGGAGAGGCGCGGCCCGCGGGAGACAGACAUGGCCAUGCCCAGUUCACUUUUGUGGGCCGUUGACAUUUUUGGGAGGGUUUACACUCUGUCUACUGUUGGCCAGUACUGGGAGCUCUGUAAGGACACACAGCUGGAAUUUAAACGGGUCUCUGCUGUCAAACAGUGCUGCUGGGGAAUAGCCUGUGAUCAUCAGGUGUACACCUACGUGCUCUCGGGUGACGUUCCCAUUCGAUACCAGGAAGAAACCUAUGAGAAUCAGCGCUGGAAUCCUGUUGGUGGCUUUUGUGAGAAAUUACUGCCCAGUGACCGCUGGCAGUGGAGUGAUGUGAGCGGGCUAAAACAUCAGCAGCUUGAUAGUUUCACACUGCCCUCACCACACUGGGAGUGGGAGUCUGACUGGUAUGUGGAUGAAAAUAUUGGAGGGGAACCAACAGAGAAAGGGGGCUGGACUUAUGCCAUAGACUUCCCCAGCACCUACACAAAGGACAAGAAAUGGAAUUCUUGUGUCAGACGCAGGAGGUGGAUCAGAUACAGGAGAUACAAAUCACGAGAUGUCUGGGCAAAGAUUGUAUCACAUGAUGAUCCAGAGCAGUUGCCAGACCCUUUCAAUGAUAUCUCCAUUGGAGGAUGGGAAAUCACCGAUGAGCCUCUUGGCCGCUUAUCAGUAUGGGCAGUUUCUUUACAAGGAAGGGUAUGGUACAGAGAAAAUGUCUGCCAUCACAAUCCAGAAGGUUCCACAUGGUCCUUAAUCACCACUCCUGGUGAAGUUGUACAGAUCAGCUGUGGACCAUAUGACCUCCUUUGGGCAACACUUUGGGAAGGCCAAGCUAUUGUGAGAGAAGGAAUUGACAGAAAUAACCCUCAAGGAAUUUCCUGGAGUAUUGUGGAGUCUCCAAGCUCUGAAAAUGGGAUUAUGCACGUCUCUGUGGGUGUUGAUGUGGUGUGGUGUGUUACAAAAGAUAAAAAAGUGUGGUUUAGAAGAGGAGUGAAUUCUCAUAAUCCUUGUGGGACAAGCUGGAUUGAAAUGUUUGGAGAAAUGAUGAUGGUAACUGUAGGCUUAAGUAACCAGGUGUGGGGAAUUGGCUGUGAUGACAGAGCAAUUUAUUUUCGUCAAGGUGUCACACCAAGUGAGCUGAGUGGGAAGACAUGGAAAGCAAUUGUAUCUGGCCGGGACAGUGACAGAUCUCAGACUGGGAGCUCCACCAGUCUGCUCAGUGCUGGCUGUUUCUUUACUGAUGAUAUUCAGAACCAAACAAACGCAGUCAUUCAGGGUGAUGCAGAUACUUCCUCUGAUACAGAGCUUCCAAGUGUACCCAUGAACCUUGCCAACACCCCCCCGAUGGGAGCUGCAGCCAGCAGUGGUAACAGCACAGGCAACCAGACAGCAGAAAUACACCCAAAUCUGUGUGUGGAUCUUCUGGACUCUGAUCAAGGAGAAGCUGCUGUCACUUCAACUUGUAAUGAGAAACCUAAUACUGAAGUGCAUAAAUCUGCAAACCCAAAUUCUUCUGCAGAACUGCACUGGACAAACAUUGACUUGAAGGAGGCCCAAAAGCAUCCAGUCCUGUCUGUCAGCACCUUUGCAGAAACAUCCAGCCUGGCUUCCCUCGGUGUGUUCCCAGUGGGAGCUGAAGAACAGUAUGGAGCCGAUGAGCACCCGCUGUGGGCCUGGGUGUCUGGGGGAGGCUGUCUUGUAGAUUUGCACAGCCCACUAAAAUGGUUCAGUGCUCCAUCAGGUUUGUCAUCCUCUGUGCAAUCUCUGUCUCUGUCUAUCACCCCAGCACAGACAGCAGCCUGGCGAAAGCAGAUUUUUCAACAGCUCAGUGAAAGGACAAAGCGAGAACUGGAGAAUUUUAGGCACUAUGAACAGGCUAUAGAGCAGUCAGUUUGGGUUAAAACUGGGACCUUGCAAUGGUGGAGGAAUUGGAAGCCACAUAAAUGGAUGGAUGUUCGAGUUGCCCUUGAGCAGUUCACUGGGAGUGAUGGAAUGCGUGACAGCAUCCUGUUCAUCUAUUACAUGUAUCAUGAGGAGAAAAAGUAUAUCCACGUGUUCCUGAAUGAAGUCACUAUUAUAGUGGAAGUUCUGAAUGAAGCCAAACACUCUUUUGCACUGUAUACACCUGAAAGGACCAAGCAGCGAUGGCCAAUCCGCCUGGCAGCCACAACAGAGCAAGAAAUGCAUGACUGGCUGUCUUUGCUGAACAUGUCUUGUUGUGAAAGCAGACAGAUUCAAGGCCCUCCUUCUCACCAUGCCAUUUGGUCAGUUACUUGUAAAGGAGACAUCUUUGUUAGUGAGCCAAGUCCUGAACUGGAGGCUGGACCACAGCUGAUGCCUUGUGAUCAAAUGUUUUGGCGUCAGGUUGGAGGUCAUCUUCGAAUGAUAGAGUGCAAUAACCGAGGCAUAGUGUGGGGCAUAGGAUAUGAUCACACAGCUUGGGUUUAUACUGGUGGAUAUGGAGGUGGCUUCAUUCAAGGACUGGCCAGUAGUGCUGAUAACAUUUAUACCCAGUCAGAUGUGAAAUGUGUUUACAUCUAUGAGAACCAACGGUGGAACCCAGUCACUGGAUACAGCAGCAGAGGUCUGCCCACGGACAGAUACAUGUGGAGUGAUGCCUCUGGCCUGCAGGAAUGUACAAAAGUCAAUACCAAACCUCCUUCUCCACAGUGGUCUUGGGUGUCUGAUUGGUACAUUGACUUCAACACUUCAGGAGGAACUGAUCGGGAAGGCUGGCAGUAUGCAUCAGACUUCCCAGCGUCCUACCAUGGUCACAAGACAAUGAAAGACUUUGUCCGAAGGAGGCGCUGGGCGAGAAAAUGUAAGAUAGUCACCAAUGGGCCAUGGCUGGAAGUGCCUCCUGUGACCCUGUGGGACAUCUCCAUAAUUCCCAGUUCAGAUGCAGAUGAUGAAGAAGCAGUAGCACUGUGGGCAAUCAGUGACAAAGGCGACGUGCUCUGCAGGCUUGGAGUGACACAGCAAAACCCAGCUGGAACAUCCUGGCUGCAUGUGGGAACAGAUCAGCCCUUCAUUUCCAUUUCAAUUGGAGCAUUUUACCAAGUGUGGGCUAUUGCUAGAGAUGGUUCUGCCUUCUAUCGGGGUUCAGUGUCUCCAAAAAAACCUGCAGGUGACUGUUGGUACCAUAUUCCUUCACCUCAAAAACAAAAACUAAAACAAGUCUCAGUAGGACGAACGUCUGUGUUUGUGUUGGAUAAAAAUGGUAAUCUUUGGUACCGGCAAGGUAUCACACCAAGCUACCCUCAAGGAUCUACUUGGGAUCAUGUUUCAAAUAAUAUCCGUAAAAUGUCCGUAGGACCCUUGGACCAGGUCUGGGUGAUAGCUGACAAAGUGCAAGGAAGUCACAGUUUGAGCUGUGGGACAGUCUGCCAUCGGACAGGUGUUCAGCCAAUGGAACCUAAAGGCCAAUCAUGGGAUUAUGGUAUUGGGGGUGGAUGGGAGCACAUUACAGUCAGGGGAAAUGCAACUGAAGCAUCUCGGGUUGCUACACAUGACACUUCUGAUGAAAACCCUGCAGUGUCAAAGGAUUUAGAAGAUGAGGAGGGUAAAGGGGAAACAGAACACUCUAAAGCCCCUCUGAUGGUCAGUGAAAGUGAAGAAUUGGACAGACAUUCUGUUAACUGUUAAGUUGUCACCAGCUACAUGUUGCAAACAUGCUGCAGUCAGUAUAAUUUAAAAAGAAGCUAAAUGUCUAUUGCCUGGAGCGAAAAACAUGACCUUUUUGUGCUACUAAUAUAUUUCCCUGAACGGGAGUUUGCAAUGGAGUAUUUUAAAUACUGAUCUCCUCUACUACAUCAUGAGUAAAAUGUGACUGGAUAGAGUCAGUUGAGUUUUGUGAAAGCAGGCAAGUUGUUUAGCUACCAUCUGACCUUUCACCAUAGCUGCUACACAGCCAUACAAAUGUGAACAUCUUUCCUUCUUUUUUUGUGAAUAUUACAGUUCCUGUUCACACGCUUUGCACACUACUCUUUGGAUUUAUAUUUGAGUAGAGAUGAAGAUGUCAUAUCUAUUUAAAUGAAUUACAGGCAAACAUAAGAGGACUGCUUGUGCAAGCACACACGCACAUAACUCUGCUCAUGUCAGUCUUGCUUACACAGGCAUGGAGCCUGGGUCAUGCUAUUCUUGCUUCUAUCAGUAAAGUCAAAUUCUAUACAGCUCAGCUUAGGGUGCAGUUACCAGCAAGGGCCAUUUUUUGCUGUAUUUGCUCACACUGAGCAAUAUCUUAAACAAGAAGUGGAACUGCUGGUUUCAGCAAGACUAUUUGGAGGGCAUGGUCCUUUUCAGUCUAAUUACCUGACAAAGUCUCAUUCUAAAUUACCAGCCCAAAUGAUGGUAAAUGAUGUUUUGUCUCUCAUUCUUACCUGUGGUAGCUAAGGUAUACAGGUGCCUACCUCAUGAGGUUGGAAGGCACCACACACUUGAGGAGUUAGGCUGUGUUUGAGGUCAUUGCACAUUAUGCUUUCAUAGUUGAAAAGGUAAGAGGAGGCCUUGAAUCAUAUUCUGCUUUCACAGUGGUAAGAAUGCAAAAUUACUUUAUCAAUAUCAGUUGAGUUUGCCAGUAUAGACUAACACGGGUUCAGAACGAAGCACUUUGGAUUUACUAAAUGAUUGAUCUAUCCCUUCUUCAACAAGAAACCACUUUUUAUUCUCAAAAACAGCUUUUUCUUCCUGUCUUAUCUAUUAUAAUUGGACUGUGAUGUGAAAUUAUUAUUUGAAAUCCAGCCCAUGGGAAGUGUUGUAAAAGCCACUCCCAAUACCUUCAGGAAGGCACCAGGUUUUUUCUCUGGCAGCAGUUUACAAUCAUUUUUUCUCCCUGUGUGACUGUACAUGGAGUUAUUUUUAUAUGAUGAGAAGUGUGGUGUGGUCUCAGUACUGUAUUUGUAGAAGUAAAACUUCUGUUUGCACGUAUUAAAAGAAUAUAUUUGGUAUUUUAAUGCCAAGGAAAGCACUGUUGCAAAGUCCAAAUGUGAAUGAAGAUUCAAGAUGCUUUACUGGUAAAAAAACCCCAAACCUGUUGAUCUUUCCAGUAUGUGGAUGAGAGAUUUCUGGUUUAUACUUACAUUUUGAGAGUACCAUAAACAAUAUGUUUGCAUUAAUUGCCGUAAUAGAUUUUGCAUAACUUGCACAGCAUCUUGUCCAAAUAAGAAACUUUACUACAUGUAUUUUUUGAGAAUUGUUAGGAUUGUGUUUUCAUUGCAUCAUAUAAAAAAGUUUUUUCUGUUAAUAGUCAGUGUUUACAUGUCCAACAAUCAAACUGAUUUCAUACAAUACUCUUUAUAACCUACCUUUGCAUUUUUCCCGACAUUGCCAAGUUUGACCUACUGUAAAAAUACUGGUUUAAGUGAGCAUAACAUAAAUUAUAAACUGUUUGAAUACUAAAUACCUGCCUUCUGAAACUACUAUUUAGAAAAUUAUUUAAUUUAAAAAUAAAAUGUCAUUGUUGGGGCUAGUUAAAAUAAGGAAAAGUGACUUUAAGUUGAAGUAAUUUUGAAAAAUAAAAGUAAUUUAUC